AGCAGAUAAAAAAGACUCUGAAGUAGCAGGAUUCUUCUAGCUGAUCUCUUUGCCAUACCUUUGGUUCAUAUCUCCUUGCAUUACCAUGCCUUCAUUCCUUCAUUCACCAGAAGAGGGGCUGGAGAAAAAAAGGUAGACAAAGCCAGAACUCUUGUUUUCAAAGUGAAAACAGAAGAAAGCGAGGGAAGGACAGAAGGAGGGGAAAAAGACAGAAGAAAGGAGGGGGUAAGUCCAGGAAAAAGGAGAGUGCGUAAAAACCCCAACUCAGAGAGAGGAGACAGAGGUGACAGGAGGAGGAGUGAGAAGAGAGGAGCCCGUGAAGGAGCGUGGAGCAGGAUUGCGAGGUGGACAUGGCUCUGUGUGCCGUGUUGUUGAUCUGUCUCUCGCAGGCGGAGCUGACCAGAGUGUGGGCUCAGGAGCAAAGAGGUUCAUUUCAUGGGCAGUCAGCUCAGGCUGAAAGAGGUCCAUCAGACAUCCAGAGAACAAGAAGAGACCAACAGGAUCCCAGCAGACGCACUCAAAACAGAACUGGGCAAGAGACGUCCAAUGGCGUUUCCAUUGACAUGCUGCCCGACAACAUGACACGUGUGGUGGAGGACUCUCAAAGGUACUACUCUUGGCGCAGUUUUGGUCCCAGAGACAAGCGAACACAUGACCUCUGGGUGGAUCUUGAUUCGGUCCAUCAAGGGCCUGUCCUCAUACACGCCAUCCUGUCCAACAACCAUCGACAGGCAUCGCGGGUGGCUCUAACCUUUGACUUCCCUUUCUAUGGACACCAAGUGAGACAAAUCACCAUAGCAACUGGAGGAUUUAUUUUCACUGGUGAAAUCACGCACCGCAUGCUGACUGCCACUCAGUAUAUUGCUCCACUUAUGGCAAACUUCGACCCCAGUUUCUCUAAAAACUCCACUGUACGGUAUCUGGACAAUGGUGAUGUGUUUGUGGUGCAGUGGGACAAGGUGAGGCUAAAGGAUCGAGAGUCAGAAGGAGCUUUUACGUUCCAGGCUGUUCUCCAUCGUAAUGGGACCAUUGUUUUCGGCUACAAAGACGUUCCUUUGCCUGUGGAGAAAAUCAACUCUACUGAGCACCCAGUAAAAGUUGGACUGUCUGAUGCUUUCAUGGCUCUUCUGUCUUCUCCACAGUCUCCAGAUGCCAAACGGAAGACCAUUUAUGAAUACCAUCGGGUGGAAAUUGACACAGCAAAGAUUGUCAAUAGCUCAGCAUUCGAGUUCAGCCCUUUACCCACCUGCCUCCAGUACACCACCUGCGAACACUGCCUCCAGUCCAACCUAACUUCAGGCUGCGGGUGGUGCAAUACUCUACAAAGGUGUUCAGAUGGAAUUGACAGAUACAGGCAGGAAUGGCUGGAUUAUAGUUGCUCUGAAGAGGCAAAAGGCACAUGUGAAGAUUAUGCUCAGGGAGGACCAGACAGUUCCAUCAAUCCUUUUAGUUCUUCACCACCGCCAGCCACUUUUACCCCUGCAGCCCAACCCGCCAGUUCUGUGACUGAGGAUGACACCAAACAGCACUUUCAACACCAUGGCCAUGACCCUUUAGGUGAGGAUGAGGCACCAGAACACACAGCAAUAAUUGCAGGAGUAGUGGCAGCUCUGGUUUUGCUGGUGUUCCUGACUCUGCUGGCUGUCUACUACAUUAACACACAUCCAACUGUUGCUCCUCCUUUCUACCUCAUGCAGCGCCGCACCAAUAACUAUUGGCCCUCCAUGAAGUUUCGGAAUCAAGGAUGCCAUUCUAGCUAUGCUGAGGUUGAACUUGGGGGUUAUGAGAAAGAGGGAUUCAUUGAGGCAGAGCAAUGCUGAGGAGGCAGGACUUCCUUCACAAGGGACGGACAAAAGAAAGAGUGCUUUAAUUUUAAGGCUUUUUUCAUCAAAUGAUUUUAGGAACAAAACAAUAAGGUGCAACGAGAAAAGGUCACAAACAAGGGAUUAUCCGAGACUGUUGGUAAGGUUUUUGUGAGCUUUUCUCCAUCUCCCUACAAUUGUCAGUUCACCUUGUUUCUUUAUGGUGAAAAAGGGGUUAUAAAUGUUUCGAAGACCUGGUGAUUGUAACCAGAAAAUCUGCUAAAUUUACUCCUUAAUUGUAAGAAUGGGAUUAUCCAAAAGCAUUGCAGUUAUUGUACAGCAUAUCUUUAAAGAUUUUUCAUUUUGAAAAAGAUAUUUUGUGAUUUAUAAUGCGUUAUGUUUGGUGGGGAAAAGAUGCAUAAUACUCAGUUAGCCACAUGGACUUAACAGCACUUUAAUUGAAUUAGCUUAGGCCUACUCUAUAGUGUUAGUAAUUUCACAGACCUUUUUCAUAAUCUGCCCGGUUGUUGAAUUAUGAAAUAAAUGAUUAUUCAUUUGCAAAUAUGUAAACUGAUAAUAUAUUGAUUAACAGCGCAGGACAGAAUUUAAAAAGCAAAUUUUAAAUGUUUAAUUUGGAAUUUUGGGGUUGAAGGGUAAACAAUUACAGUAUUUUUGACUGCAUUACUCUAUUAUAUUGUUUCAGUCUGACUUCUGAAUUAAAAUGUAAAGCUAUAGCACUUGUUGCAUUUGUGUAAUUAAUGUAAAAAGGUGUUUUCCUGCUGAGCUCUGAACAAACAACCAGUUUCCAAACAAUCGUGACCAAACCUAAGGCAAAGAUGUUGGAUAGCUGUUGCGUUAAAUGUCAUUGCAUUGUUACAUUUUGAACGUACAAUAUGCUAAUAUUACAAUAAAAAUAAAAUGAGUUGUUUUGAAA